AUGGACGGACCAAUCAGAAGCCGUUUCUCUGACCACCAACCGCCAAUGGAAAGAAAGCCCCUUGCACAGCCGCAGCCAAUCACGAGAAAGAAAGUCGUGCCAAGAGCCAAUCAGAAGAGAGUCGUGCGAGCUGCAGCCAAUAGGGAGAAAGCGAGUUGUUCGACGCCAGCCAAUCAGGAGAGAGAUCUGUGGUUGGUGUUUAAUCUUGGAAAGUGCGCGGCAAUGACUAGCGAAGUAGGAAAGCCAAAGACAGGUUCAGGAACACAGACUGGAGAACGUCGGGAUCAACGACAACGCGGCAGGUCGUUUGGACAGUCUAAACCAGGACCAUUUUCUCCAGAGGAAGUACCUGUAAUAGUAUUCGAAUUCUAUGCCCAUUUCUCCUCAAAGGACAUCCAUUAUCUCUAUUAUGUCACCGAGCAAAUGUGGACCAUUUCUAAUAGGACGCGGAAACUCAAGUUGAGGCGCGAGAAUGUUGGAGGGAAGGAGGGACAUAGGAAGGCGGUAGGCAGAAGUAUGAUCCGGAGGUUUUUCACCCCUAUCACCUUCCUCGGAGGACCACAACUCGGGUUCAAGUUCAUGGUCGAGAAACAAAUGGUUCUGCAAAAUUACAACGACUACCAGAAGCUGCUGGCUCGCCGUCACCGGCGUGCCUUGGUGCACGCACGCGCAGUACCACGAGUGCCGGCUCUUGCUGCUCGCGGGAUGGCACUGGCCCACCGGCAGUGCCAGACCGAAGUCGAUCACGUGCACAGCCGGCGCUCCUGCUGCGCCUCGCAGCUGAACCAUCACGUUGGUCGGCUUGAGGUCGCAGUGGACGAUCCCGGCGGCGUGCACGGCCGCCACGGCCUCCGCCAGCUUCAGGCUCACCUGGAGGAGCUGCUUCGUGCUGCGCUGCGCACUCAGGACGUCGGCCAGGGUCUCCUUGCCCAGGUACGACAUGAGGAGGCGCGAGGGCUCCUCGCUGUACGCCAGGGGCACGGGCGCUCCCCCCGCGCCCUGCAGUCGCUUCAGCAUCUCCAGCUCAUGCUAGAACGUCACCUGGGAGUCGGGGGCGGCCAGCUUGAGGGCGCACUCCUUCCCCUUAGCUUGGCCACCUACAUCCUGCUGCUGUCGACUGAGUCUGCGCUCGUCGGAUGCGAAGGAGUCGCUCGAAGCAGUGAGCCUCAAGAAUCCGACGGGAAGGCUCGGUCCUUCGAGUCCGGAGAAGUGAAUAUGCUGUCAUGUCACCGUAACGUAAAUCCGACCCUAAUGAUACACUGCCGCGGUGGCAGAGUGGUUCAUGUGACACCGAAACUGCCACAGGACCAGACGCCAAUUGUCCCUGCCAGGCGCGAGGACUACUACUUGGCCUGCCUCAAGUUCCACACGACCACCCAGCUCACGCCCCAGGAGAUUCACAGCUUGGGGCUCUCGGAGGUCAAGAGGAUCGAGAGCGAGGUCAACGAGACCGCCCAGGAGAUGGGUAUCGAGAGCCACACGGCAGCCGAGGUCUUCCAGAUUCUCAAGGACGACCCAGAGCAACGUUUCGGCAGCAAGGAGGAGCUUCUCAGCACCUACAGACAGAGAGUCUACGGCGACAUCUACCCCCUGAUGCACCAGCUCUUUGACUCCGUGCCUGAAGUGAAUGUGACGAUCGAGGGCGUCGACGAACCCAAUGCUGUCUUUGCCUACUACUCGGGUCCCUCCAUGGAUGGUUCUCGCCAAGGGACUUUCUUCUUAAAUUCGUAUAUUUAUGAUAAACACAAGAAAUACGAGGUCACGGCCCUUUCCCUACACGAGGCCAUCCCAGGGCACCACUUCCACUACGCCUACACGAGGAAGAACCCCUCCACGCCCGAUUUUCGCAAAUAUAUUGACAGCACGAGAAUGGGUGACGUUCCAGCUAAGUUUCCCCUUCAUACCGUUUUCGUUGAAGGCUGGGGGCUCUACGCCGAGAUGCUGGGAGAGGAAUUGGGACUCUAUGCCGACCCGUAUCAGAGAUUAGGCCGGUAUUCGUUCGAGCUCCUUCGCGCCAGCCGCCUCGUGGUCGACACCGGCAUCCAUGCUCUGGGCUGGUCACGUGACAAGGCCGUGAAUUUCCUGCUCGAACACACGGGCAUGUCCGAAACCGCGAUUCAGAUCGAGGUCAACCGCUACAUCACCUGGCCGGGGCAAGCGUGCUCUUACAAAAUCGGCGAAAUAAAAAUUAGGGAGUUGCGUCAAAAGGCCCAGAAUGCUUUGGGCAAUUUAUUCCGUCUGCAAGAUUUCCAUGGCGUGUUGCUGCAGUGCACGGGUCCGUUGAACAUUCUGGAACAGUGCGUCAACAAUUAUAUAGAGAGGACGAUUCCCUCCAUUGACGAACCCGAAGAAAACGGGAAUGAGAACGACAAAGAAAACGGAGUCGAAGAAAACGGAGAUAGCUCUAGUCCAGGUGUUACAGAAAACGGUGAUAUGGGAGACUCAACUAAUUCAGAGAACGCCGGAGCCUCUUUGAAAUCUGAUGAAUAUCUUGCUGUGAUUUUGUCUGUGUCUAUAUUUCGCGUAAUGUAUUUAUUUAGAUAGUCAUAUUUUCCUUGCUAUGUAUCAUGUAUCCAAACCUUAUGUAUACGUUUAUUCACUGUAUGUGUGUUCUGUAUAUCACUUUUCCUAUUGUGUUUGUACAUUUGUCUUUCGUCCAACCUUCUAGCUAAUCACAUCAUAGUCAUGUAUUGUAAAAUAUUCCUUUCAGAUAUAUGCAAAUAUAUAUGUACGAAAUAAAAUG